CUCCCCAGAGAUGUGGUAUGGUGUGUUUCUGUGGGUACUGGUGUCUUCUCUCUUCUGUCAUGUCCCCGUUGGAUUACUGGCCCUCUUCACCCUCAGACAUCACAAAUAUGGUGCAGCUAUUGCUGGAGUUUACCGAGCAGCAGGAAAGCAAAUGAUACCAUUUGAAGCCCUCACUUUUGGCACUGGACAGACGUCUUGCGUCGUGGUGGUCUCCUUUUUACGGAUUUUAGCUACUCUAUAGCAUACAUCCUUAUGCCUAGAUGUUGAACCUAAACUUUAUGGAAUCCUCCAAAAGAAUACAUUAGGGAGUGUAGAGUUUUCUUAGUUCUUCAAAUGAAGCAACUUGGGUGAACGGGAAAGUGAAGGACAACAUCUUAACCUUUUCUUCAGUUCGAAGUUCAUAGAAUUGAAGACUUUUGUGGACUCCCAUUGUUCUCAACCAAAACAAAACAAGUCUCCUGGCUUUCUUUUUUGAAGAUACUUAAUUUAAGCAGUUUUCACAUGUACCUUUACCCAAGUCAAGUCAACUGUGCCUCUGGGGUGGUAUCCCUUGCACUGAAGUUUACAAUAUUCUGUGAGAUGUUGCAUAUUUUAAAAAACUAUGGAAGAUACUGGUUUAUUUCAAAUGGGCAGAGUAUGUUGUAUUAAAAUCUUAGUUUAUCUAAAAAAAAAAAUGGCAAUUUUAGCCAUCAGUUUUAUUUAGUUAUCAGUUCUAUUUAGACAGAGAGAGACCUUGUCUCAAACUAAGUAAAUAAAAUUUUUAUUUAUUUUGAGACAAGAUCUCACUGUGU